GAGCUCAUUCUGUGGCUAGCAGGUGGCACCGGCGAUCGGCUGAGUCAUUCUCUCUCCCCCUCUUUCUCUAGAGAGGAGGUAGUACGCUCGUCGACUCCACCAGCCGUCGAUCACCAUGGCCGCCAUCGCCGCCGUUGCUGGCGUUGCGCCGAGCACAUUCGCCGGCCAGACCGCUCUCAAGGAGCAGAGCGAGCUGAGCCGCCAUGUCGGCCAGUCGGAGUCUCGCGUUGUCAUGAGGAGAACCGCCAAGUCCAGCGACAGCAUCUGGUAUGGCGCCGACCGCCCCAAGUACCUGGGCCCGUUGUCCGGUGAGACUCCGUCGUACUUGACUGGCGAGUUCCCCGGCGACUACGGCUGGGACACCGCUGGACUGUCCGCGGACCCCGAGACGUUCGCUCGCAACAGGGAGUUGGAGGUCAUCCACGCCCGCUGGGCCAUGCUCGGCGCGCUCGGCUGCCUCACUCCGGAGCUGUUGGCCAACAACGGCGUCAAGUUCGGCGAGGCUGUGUGGUUCAAGGCCGGCGCUCAGAUCUUCUCCGAGGGUGGGCUGGACUACUUGGGCAACCCCAACCUCGUCCACGCUCAGAGCAUCUUGGCCAUCUGGGCCUGCCAGGUUGUGCUCAUGGGCGCCGUCGAGGGCUACAGAGUGAACGGCGGGCCACUCGGAGAGGUGGUGGACCCCCUCUACCCAGGCGGCAGCUUCGACCCCUUGGGCUUGGCCGAUGACCCCGAGGCCCUCGCUGAGCUGAAGGUUAAGGAGCUCAAGAAUGGCCGCUUAGCCAUGUUCUCCAUGUUCGGCUUCUUCGUCCAGGCCAUCGUCACCGGCAAGGGACCGUUGGAGAACCUGAACGACCAUCUGGCCGACCCAGUCGCCAACAAUGCCUGGGCCUACGCCCAGAACUUCGUCCCUGGAUCUUAGAUGUAUACAGUCCGAGACACUAGUACUUAGUACAUAGUAGUCGUUCUUUAGAGAUUGCUUCUAACUUUUCCUUGAGAAUCUUUGGCAGGCCGGGGGGGGAAUCACUGUUUGAUCACGGGUUCUUUUGAUCCUGACCGAGACUAGCUGUAUCAAUGGACAGUAGUGCCCUGUAGUUCAUCGUCUGGUGCAAUGAUCCGACUUGCAAUCGGAGAGAGGACACUCCUGAAACGAACCGUUCAGGGCAUUCCGUCCGUGACAGCACCGUGUGUAAAUACUAGCCAAUAAGACUAUAAGUGCAUAAUGCAAUGUUUCAUUAUAAUUUAUGAUCAUUCUUUUGUCUGUGAUUGGGUCUCAAACUUUAUG